GGCAGAGCUUAAUUGCUUUAUGCACCAUACAGCAGGACAUUCCCACACUUUGCCUUGCGUCUCAAAAGGAAGCCAGACCAAAGAAACGAUAAGCUGGGAAAACUUAGAGAGGUUUUGAAAUGAUCACUCUUAAGAGCUGGUUACCCGGUAACCUGCCCUGGUCCAGUCAAAUGUGAGACCAUCUCUCCCACAGUGGAGGAUUGGUACAAAUCAGGUCAUGCAACAUAAUGACCCUACAAUCUACAACAAAGUGUCUGAAGAAGAAAAUGGCAGGGUUAGUGUCUUGUGAAAUAAAAUCUUUGCUUAGCAUAAUGCUAACAAACAAUGCUGUGGUGUGUCUUUGUUAGUUAAUUGCUAAUGAACGAUGCACAUCAGCUAGCUUGGCCUUUUUCUAUUCUUGUUGCAUAAAAACAUGAUAAAAAUAAUAAGUCUUGUGUCUGUCAAUUCUAUAUGCACUAUUUGUUUGUUAAUUAAAGGAUCAAAGGCCUGCUGAUCAAAUAUACUAUCUAGCUGUUACAAAGUGUUCCAGUUACCUUAUCCAACACUUCCUAUGUAAAUACCGCUUCAUUAGAUGUACAGCAGGGGGGUACAAACUCUUUGUGGCAUGGGUCAAAAUUCUCAAGUCAAAAGUGAUUGGAGGCCAAAAACAUGAGAGUUUUGAAAACUAAAAAAAUAACAAAACAAGUUUUGUUAAGAUUUUUUUUCAGACUUAGCGUGCAAUAUUUUGAUUAAAAGAAUAAGGUAGUUAUAGCCUACCUUAUUCUUUGUAGGAAAUGGAUGGGCAAAUUAUUGUAGAUCAAAACACAAACAAGGUUUUGCCUUGUUAAAAAGAAAUCUCAAAUAAAUAGAUAUUUUUGAGGCCGACUCUUUUCUAUUUUCUUGGCCAAGAAAAUAAUUUUUUGUCGAUUUUUAUCAACAAAAUGCAGGAUUCGGGUCACUCUUUCGUCAGGUUUUCCAUCAGGAUUGAUGUAGCAGAGAUUUAUGGGAUGUUAUUUAUUUCUGAUUUAAACUUCUCUGCAUCUUCCUCCAGUCUGCUGUGUUGUUUGGACUGCAUGCUGUUUGUUCUCCAAUUUUCUCUAACAAAACCUGUGAGGCCAGAAACAGAAGAGCUGGAUUUACUGAGUGUAAUUCCACACAGGUAGAAUCUAUUUGCUAACUAUGAAACUCAAAAGCAAUUGGUUAGACUGGAAUUUAUGUAGUAUUUCUGUGUAAAGUGGAGCAAAUGCUUGCAACAAAUUUUGAAAUGUCUUAUUUUCCUUCCUCUUCCCAAUUAUCCACCAUUUUCACAUAAAAUCCUUAUCAAAUACAUUAAAGUUCUGUGGUGGUAGCAUGUCAAAAUGUGGAAAAGUCCAUGGAUACUAGUACGUUUACAAGCAGAUGUGUGUUCCAUAUACUAAACCUACAUUUUCUCUACAUAUGUGCCUCAUGUGUCCAAUUUGGCCACACAUCUUCAUGUGUUUUGAGUCUCGAGGCCUCGCCAAUGAUUGGCCUGUUGAGUGUUUGUAGCUUUUAGCUCGGGAGCUGCGUCUUGAUUGGCCGCUUUGAGCAGGAUGGGUCACAGUGGAAGUCCACACAUACAAGCCCGGUCAUUGAGUUAAGCGAACAGAGCUUGGCUUUCAUCCCUCAUGUACAUGUCAGGGUUGCCGAGGCUGCCGGACCUGCGCUGACUCUGGGUUGCUAUGGCCGUGUCUGUGUUGCUGCUUGCUUGUCCACGUGUUAUUUUGAUUUUUCUACUUCUUCAUGUAGGUGAUUGUCUUCUGGUGGAGCCAAUCAUCUGUGACACAAGUUGUCUCGGGUCUCAGAGCACUGACUUCUCCGCUCAGAAAAGUGUGAGAUACACCUACAGGUACAGCGCGGCCAUCAGCACCACCCUCCAUGGCUCGGGUGGAGGCCGGAGUGGCCUGGCCCUGGAGUGCGUGGUGGACAUCGAGGCGGUCUCCCACUGCCACCUAACCAUGCAGAUAAGAAAUUCCCAGAUAAAGCGUAUGUCCCCUCAGAGGGAACACUCUGUCCUGCAUCUAAAAACUUUGAGGGAGUCACUGGAGAGAACGCGCCUCAAGUUCUCUCUCCAGGGGGGAAAGGUCACAGCCCUCUGCCUCCAGGAGGGGGAGCAGGUGUGGGCUCUCAACAUUAAACGGGCUUUACUGAGCAUGCUCCAGACCUCCCCCAUGGUCGCCAAAUUCAGAGAAGAGACAGAGACUGAUGUUCAUGGAACAUGCACCAGCAGAUACGAGAGGCGAGGACCAACACUGCUGAAGAGCAGAGAUCUGAGGCAGUGCCAGCAGUCCAGGCUGGACCGCCUGUGGCCUCAUUCAGUCACUCUGACCGAGGACACAAUGGUGGGGAUGGAGCUGCACUGUGUCCAGCGGCCUGGCCAGUCGAUGGUGGAAGAAGUUAACUGUACUGAGGUUGUAUCGUUGGCAACUUCCUUGACGCCGUUAGGGCCUGUAAAGACAAAGAGUGUGUCCACGUUGCUCCUGCUCGAAACCCAGCCGGGAGCGUCUACCGGAGCAGAGUCCCUGAGUCCUGGUGUGUUCACUGACCUGCAGUUUGAGGAUGAAGGCCCUUCGAGGCCGACAAGUCUCCAGGAAGUUGGUCGGACUGUCGCGUUGCUAUGCAGCGUUGCCUCGGAUCCACAGCUGAUUUCCCAGGACUUCCUGGAGCUGGUGUUCCAGCUCAAAGACAUGACUCUUCCUCAACUCAAAACACUUUGGCAAGAAUCUUCUUUCAAGUGCAGAAAUGACUGGCAACCACUACUGGAGGCAUUACCAGCGUGCGGAUCUGAAAACUGCAUUCUGCUGCUGACUGAGCUGGUGCUGAAUAAUGAGCUGGAGGAAGGGCAGGUUAACUCUUUUCUGACCACCUUAGCCGUCAUUCCGCACCCAUCACCUCAGAUCAUUGGCUCCAUCAACGGCUUUUUGGCACGCCAAGAGCUACGGGCCAAAGCGAUGCUGGCUGGAUCAUCUCUCAUCUAUCAGAUGUGCCAAAGGUUUCAAGCUUCCUGCGGUGAAAUGCCUCAGGUUGAGUUUUUCAUGCAGACAAUUCAGGAAACCCUGAAUGCAGGGUGUGGCGAAAAGGAACCUCAUCAAAUCAGAGAGCUUAUUUAUGCAUUGAAAUCCAUUGGAAACAGUGGUGUGAAUGCAGCGUCCUUUAUUCCUCUGUUGAGUCACUGCCUGCUGGGCCACCAAACUGAGCUGGAGCUCAAAGUCACCGCAGUCAAAGCUUUCAGACGCUUUCCAUGCUCAGCUGACCGGUCGGUGCUGUUGCAGCUGUACAGAUGUUCCCGGGAGGAUCCUGAGGUCAGGAUGGCUGCAUACCAGCAGCUCAUGCUCUGCCCCGACCAGGAAGUGUUUGAAGUGGUGAAGACAACACUGAAGAACGAGACCUCCAGCCAAGUGGGGUCCUUUGUGUGGAGUCAUCUCACCAAUAUCCUGCGGAGUGAGGAUCCUGUGAAGCAGACACUAAUUCAGCUUCUGCCUGAUGACAUUAUAAGCAGAGAUUUUGAGGCAGAGUUUUGGAAAUAUUCCUCCUAUUCAGAUCAUACUUUUGUUUCAGGCUUUGGGAUAAAGAAUCUAGAAACAUCCCUGAUUUUCUCUCCGAAGUCCUUUCUGCCCAGAGCGAUCUCGGUCAACCUGACGAUGUAUCUGCAUGGCAGAGCGCACAACCUUCUGGAGGUGGACGUACAUAUGGAGAACUUUGAGCCACUUCUGAGGAGCGCUUUUGAUCAGAAGACAGAGGGCGAGCCAACUGCUAAAAGUGAAAAACAAGAGACCAGAAGGAGGAGAAGAAGAGCAGACGACGGAAACAGAAAAGAGAAAGAAACAUGUUUGUCCGACACCGACGGUUAUCUGAGCCAGGCCAGGGCCAUGUUGUUUGAAAGAAGGAGAGCAGACGAGGAAAGGCCGAAGUGUCGGGUUUCUGUGAAGAUCUUCGGGAACGAGCUCAGUGUGUUCACAUGUGACGACGUCCGUGACCAAAUCCGUCAGGGUUCCCUCAGCCUGGCUGGGCUGGCUGUGAAACUGCUCAAGGGUCAUGAGGUUCAUCUGAGCCACAGGGGUGUGCUGAUGGCUGAGGAGCUGCGAUUGCCCUCCCUGUCUGGCGUCCCCAUCAACUUGGGCGUCAAUAUGACCUCUCUCCUUUCACUGCACCUGAAAGGCAGCGUUAACUACAGGGACACUUUGCACUUCUCCCUGAAUGGAUACGUCCGUCCCAAUGCUUAUGUGGGCUUGUCAGCCAGGAUGGGGGUGGACGGUGCUCCGGGUCAGGCCGCGGUUGAAUGGCUCGCCGAGCUCAGGAGCUCCCCCAGCCUGGAUGGGAGCUUCCAACUGCAAGAGGGCCGGGAAGUCCGAGUCACCCUGAACACACCACAGGACUUCAUGGACGUUAUCUCUCUCAGCUCCAGAGUGUUUCAGCUCAGCGGAGACCACAGAGAGGAGAUGAAGGGACCGAAGAGUCGAAUCCAGAAGACCACCUGCACGCCAAAAAGCUGGUCUAAAAUGAUUGGCUGGCAGCUGUGCUCCAAUGUGUCAUACCCUUCACUUCCCACUGGUGUCGCUCUGCCCCCCACUGGACCGGCCCAUCUGUCGCUCCGCCUGCUGAAGCUGGACAGAGGCCUCCACUAUUAUCUGCUGGAGGCUGCUUACUCAUUACAUUACAAGAGGGGGACCUGGCUACCCAGAGAGGCCUCCAUCCACCUCCUCCUUGCCACGCCCCAGUCCUCCAUUCCCAGGGACAUGUCUCUGGACCUGGCCUUCAGCUCCCACAGAGUGCUGCUGAGAAUCAAACACCCACUGAAAACCAUCGUCUUACAGGGACAGUUUGAUCAAGAGAGGAAUAUAAAAUCUGGGAAGCUUGAGCUUGCAAUCGACAGUGUCCAUUUUUAUCUCAUGGGUUUGGUGGACAGCACCAGCCUUCAGUAUGAGCAGAGAACGCGCUACCACCUGGAAGCUAAGAUGGCCGCCGAUCAACGGCCUGUGAUUCUGUCUGCUAAUGUCACCCGUGGAUUGGGCAGGAAGAGCAGCUUCUCUGCUACUCUGAAGAACGUGUUCAGAGAGACGGCUUCGCUCUCAGUGGCUCUGGAGCGGCGGCAGGACCUUAGCAGCAGCAGCAGCCAGUACUCUGUGGAGGCGGAGCUUUUCUUACCUGGACUGGUGGGCAGCAGGAUGCUAGGACUGAUGGAACAGAAGGGGGAGCUGUGGAGCUCUGUCCUUAGGGUCAAAUAUGGGCUGAGAGGGGACUCCAGGAACCUGCAUCAGGAGUGCUACACAUCCCAGAGACUGAGGAGAGGGAGGGACUCCAACCUCACAUACAUCAUGAGAGCUGAUCAUGAAUUCUACUGCACUAACAUGGAACCUAUCAACCACAAGAUCCACAUGAAGCAUGAGGAAAGCCCCAGCCACAUCAAAUCCGUCCUGGACCUGAGCUACGGCAAACACUGGGAUGAGAUUAAUAACAAACACACGCUGCUCCUCAGUCAGUCCUUCAGAAACCAGUCCACACAAAACCACACCAGUUACACUUUGGAGUUUACCCUCCAGGUGCCUGAGAAGAACUUGAACUACAGGACUCAGCUGAUGCACUCUCGCCUGCUGCAGCACGGCUCUGAGAGCAGCACUCACCUAAAAAUCAACUACAACAACCUGAUGCCUCUGGUGGCGGGGUUACACUGGAAGAGCCCCUCCGAAAACUCCCUUCAUAAAAAAUGGGAAGGCACGUUCAACAUGGACACACCUGGACAGUACAUCUAUGCCGCCUACAGGCUGAGCCGGCCAAACCGCCAUGCCCUGCAGCUCACCUCGGAGCUGACGGCCAGCAAGUGGCUGAGCAUCCGCAACCUGGUUCUGGACGGGUUCUACAGGGAUCGGGGUAGAGAGAAAGCAGCGCGCUUUGAGCUCCACACACCAGCUGCUACCUACGUCCAGGCGGGGGUUUGGGGUGCGGUGGGGAGGCAGGCGGUGAAGGCCCACGGCUCCUUAGCUUCACUCUGGACUCCUCCUCUGAAGGCGAACGUCUCUCUGGAGAGCUCUAAAUCCAGCCACGCCCUGGUGAUGAGCGCCACAUGUGGCAGGCAAAAUGUCAGCUUCACUGCUGCUGUGAGCGGUGCUGAUAAGAAUUUGAAGAAGAGGCAGGCGAUAUUAAAGAUGGCCUUCACCAAGCCGAAGACUCCGACCGUGGAAGUGGAGUUAGAGGGAUGGGUGGAGGAGCUGAGGAGGGACAGGAAGAUGUAUCAGAAAGCAGCCCAGCUCCAAUUUAGGCAGCCCUUCCAGAACUUUCCUCAGACUCUUCUUCUGCGAGAAACCUUCACUGUGGACCUCGUUAAAGGUCUCUACGUUUUGGAGACUAAAGCCGGUUUCCACGACAACAAAGAGGUCGUCCACACAUUGACUCUCGGCUACAAACCGCCAAGCCCAUUUGUUUGUUCUGCACUAAUCCACACGUUCAGCUCUGACACUUUUCCAUCAGACUCUGAGGUCUGUGUGACUGCCACCAGCAACCAGACACACAGAGAUCUACGCGGGACGCUGCAGGUUAACGGGGAGGACAAACUCUGCCUCUUUGGGCAGAUUCAACAGAGCCCCUCCAAUUCAAAUCAGCAGACAAUAAUAAUUAAAGCAAACUUCACCCAUGAACUACAGCUGCGGCUGCCCUCUUCUGCUCUGAUGGAGGGAUACUUGCACUGGAUUCCUAAACACAGCACUGACUUUGACUACCAGGCCAGAGGAAAGCUGAGACUAGAGGGACAGGAGUGCACACUUUCAGUGCAGCUGAACGGAACAGCAGGAAGAGUCAGCCUCCGUUCCUCUCUCACUCAUCCCUUCAAGUCGAAGAUUCCCGAAGCGCUACAGGUGAAAGCUGCUGUAGACGCCUCAGAGACUGGCAAAAGGAGCAGUUCAUUGUGUGUGAGAGCGAAUGGGAAGAGCAGGGUGACUGUGACUGGUCAGAUGUUCCACCGGCUCCAGAAUCCAGAUAGAGUGGCGAGAUUGGACCUGGAUCUGUCCCAGAACCUCCUUCCGUCAGUCAGCGCCCUGCAGCUGAACAUGGCAGCCAACGUGUCAGCAGACAGCGUGGCUCUGCAUGGCUCCGUCACACUGGGACAGGAGGAGCUGCUGGUCCAGGUCAAAGGGUCACGGAUAAACUCCCAGGUUCUCCGGCUGGUUUUGUUGGGGAAUGUUCACCAUUCCAUGUCCGUAUUGGAGGCUCUGCCGUCAGUCCUGAGUCUGGACGGAGUGUUAGAGCACUCUGAUACUUUAACAGAAGGUCACCUGGGGGUUAACGUGAUGGAAGCUGUACACAGCAUAGAGCUGAGACAUCAGCUGGAUGCUGCAGAAGGUCUGGUGAAAGGAGAAGGAACGAAGGGAGGUGAUUACCAGCGGACACAGGCCCGGCUCUGUGUUUGGUCCGGACUCCAGAACCUGUGUGCUAACGUUAGCCUCCACCUGGAGAACCGGGGAAACGGACAGCUCUCUGUUCAGCUUUCUCACUCUUUCCACCGACUCAACACCACAGGCGUUCCUGGUGACAGCAGUGCUAAGGUGAAGUGGACCCAGGACGAGUUUGGACUGUCUGUCCUCGUAAUGCUGCAGGCUGGAGCUGAGCAUGUCAGAGCUGAGUUCCUCAGAGACAGAACAGACCAGCGGUGGAGCUACUUCUCCAGGUUCCAACAUCAAGUCAAAGCCCUGCAAGCAAGAGGCCUGCCAGGCUCAUUCCAAGCCAGAGCACAGCACCAGUUAGAAACAGGAGGAAUUGACAUAAGUCUGGUUCUUAGCGUGGAAGACGAGAGAACGGCAGAGAUGUUUUUUAGCGUGGGGUCAGAAAAUAAGACGUCUGCUUUGGUCAUGAUGCUGUGGCAACACAUGAAGCUACUCCAGGGUCACAUCCCCAAUUCUUUACAGAUGAACUGCACCGGAGUCUCCACUGAAGACCGACUCUCGGCCAACUGCUUUGGAAACGUGGCAAACCGGCCCGUAGAGACUCUCAUUGGUCCACAGGCCUCAGCCAACAUCUCCGUCUCCCAUUCAGGAUGUGACACAAACCUCAGAGCAGUUCUCCAUGCUGGAGGGGAGCAGAAAGGUUCCGUCAGUCUGUCUGUGACCUGCGAUCCUCAUCGCAGUCUGCGUGCAUCUGUUCUGCACUUCAUCAGUGCGGUAAAAACGCUCAGAUUUCCCACCGGCGCAGCGCCACCUCUGAAUGUGUCAGGUGGACGUCUGCCUCAGGUGGACGCUAGCCUGGAGUUGGGACGGUGCUAUUUCAGGGGGAGCGUGGGUGACUCCACCGCUCCGCAGGCAGCAGCAGACGGCCCCCAAUCGCUCACUGUGAAUGUGAGAAGCCACUGUCCCCUGCUUCAGGGGUGGGUCCUCCCUCAGUCUCUGGCUCUUCGGGCCCUCUUGUCAGUGGCUCCCUGCCAGCUGACCGUGUCGUCCUCUCUAAGGGUGGACGAUGAGGAUGCGUCUUUAGAGCUAAGUUGGUCCUGUGUGACUCCGUAUCUCUUCGGGAGCGUCAGUCAGUCAUUCUCUGGGCUAAAGAGCCGAGGUCUGCCGCAGACGAUCAGCGUGGAGGCUUUGGCUCUGGAGGGUUCGGACCAGGGUGGAGCUGUGACUGUUGAUGUUGGGACAUGUAGGAUUAGAGCCAGGAGAAUCGCUCAAGACAGAGGAACGGGACGCCGGCUUUGGGCCUGGGAGACAGACUGCCCUGGGUUACAGGUUCGUGUGAACGGCUCAGUGUGGGAGCACCCUGGGGGUGUGUGGACGGCUGUGAUGGAGACUGAUCUGAAGGGCAGGAGAGCGUUCCUCAGACUGGAUGCUGAACCUGGGCCAGAACUGAGAGUUGAGGGCGUGUUGAACCAUGACAGUUCCCUCUCCACUCAGCCUAACAGCAGUACACUGAGAUUCAGCAGCUCUGGAUUACAUGCUGCAGAAGUUUUUGUUCAGACGGAGGAAUGCCACCUCAGAGCUGAAGGGGAUGUAAUGUCACGUCCUGGCCUGCAGGUGUCACUGCUAUACCACAAUAACUGCUCUAUAAUUCAGGAGUGGUUCAGUCCAAACAUCAUGCAGGCUUCAGGCUCUCUGCUGAUCUCACCAGCUUCUGUUUCCUCCCACAUCUUCCUGGUGGUAGAUGGCAAAGAGUUGCACACCGUGCUGUCUGCAGGACAAACUGAGGUUCACAGGGAAGCAUUUCUACAUCUGAACCAUUCCGUCCCCCUGCUGAAGAAACUGGGCCUGCCCGUGAAUGUGUCCCUGGCAGUAAACUGUGAGAGUCACAACAAUGGUUCUCGCUCUUUUACGGCCAAUGGCAGAGCAGAAAAUCAGCGGUUUUCUCAAGAGCUGAAAAUGGAAAAGACAUCCGAGACUGUGAGGGUGCAGGGUGAGCUAAAACAUGCAGUGAAUUAUCUGGGCAAGCUGGGAGUCCCUGGAAGCAACAGUGUCCAGGUAGAACUUGGUUCUGCUGAAGGACGGAUCCUAAGCCUGGAGUCUCAGUGUGGAGCUCAGCAGUCAGGACUCAGACUGCAGCUGAAGACGAUUCCUGAACUCAAAGAAGUGAGGGGAACUCUGUGGCAUGAUUCGUCAUGGCUUCACCACCGAGGCCUGCCCCUGAGAAUAUCGGGCCUUUGCUCCAUAAAGGGAGCGUUGUCUGAGCUCCGGUCCAGGGCUGAGCUCAGUGUGGACGGACGCAAGCUGCUAACGUCCGGGCUGGAUGUCAGCGGAGCUGCCGGUCGCCUGGCUGGACUCGUCUCAUUCUCUUCUGCUGCUCUCAAUCAAACACAGACACAACACAAGCUGGACACUGUCCUAACUGUGCAGUUCAAAGGUCCUUUAAGAAGCGCGUCAUUAGACGUUCACCGCCAGGACUGGAGGUUCCUGGUGGCGGGGGAGGCCGGGGGCUGGGGGACGCGUGGCGGUACCAAGGAGGCCCGGUUCACACUGAGGCACACUGAGCGAGGAGAAGCUAGCCCUGCCUUCCAGGUGGAGGGCUGGGGGAGACUGACGGAGUCCCUGCUGAGGGCCUCCAUGGCCGUCGACCCUGAGCUCAGCUCUUCAUUCGCACUCAUUGUCCAAGGACACACUGCCACUCCCAGCAAGGAACUGAUGGUGAACGUGGUCCACAGCGCCCCCCAGCUGCUGCCAUACCUGCCCCCCCAGCUCCACCUCCGUUCUCAGUUGAACCAGUCCCAGUCCAACGUGGCAGCGCUGGUGGAGGUGUUAUCAGGCAGGAGGAAGCUGUGGGCUCUGGGGGAGCUGGCAGCCAUGGAGGGCGGCUACAGGCAGACUGUGGAGGUCAGACACUCCUUCCCACAGCUGCAGCCUGUGCCCAGACUUGUCGCAGUUAGUACGAUGUAUGAGGCCAGAAGGUGGCGCCACCUGAUCCAGCAGGCCACCGUGUGGGGCAGCCACCAGUUCAGCUUGUCUGCUCUGCACUCGGCUGCUCCAGGUCUGGACUUGGAACCAGGCAACCACACUCUGAAGGUCCAGGUCAGCGGCCUCCCCCGUUUGAGCAGUCUGGAGUUGGUGCAUGAGAGCUCCUCCCACAGCCGACUGGACAGCGUUUCACUGGGCUGGAAGAGGCAGGGACUUCUGGAGCAGGUGCGCAUUCUCAGGUCGUGGAGUCUCUCCGAGGAGACAAACGAGACGAAGCUGGAGCUGAAACAUCCCUUCUGCUCGGCGCUGAGCCAGCUGUCUCUGCACACUCUGUCACUCCGCUCACCCAGGAAGAGCAGCAGCAGGCUGCAGACCCAUUUGUCCUGGGACGGUGCCGUUCCAGUCAACAUUUCUCUCACCCUGAACAAACUCAGCUCCAGCGUGGGCCGGGCGUGCGUUCUGCUUUCAGCCAAGCGGAUGGCCGUGUCUUCUGGAAAGGGCUGCGUAUCGAUGGGUUACCGCGGAAACCUGUAUUCACAGACGGCAGAGGUGACAUGGCACAACAAGAGUUUCAGGCAGGACAUGACGUACCAGAAAAGUGCUGAGGGAUUGUACGGCCUCCAGCUGUACGUGGAUCUAGACCGAGUGGCCCCUGCACCCUGCCACUCACACAUGCUCCUGGCCAAAGUCCUGACCAACCUCAGGGACCGCUUGGAGCACAGAGUGGAGCUGGGAGUUUGUCCUGAACAGCCUACUCUCUGGUGGUCCGGGUCCCACAGAGUGAACUCAGGAGAGGAGCUGUUCUACAGUCAGUGUAACGUUUCGGUGACGGGUCGGCCGCUCCGGUCCCGCUUCACGCUCGCCCUCACCAACUCCUCCACUGCCCAGGGGACCAACAUCUCUCUCUAUACCGAGACGGUGGUGGGUAACUGGAGCUUGUUGCUAGGUAGCAGCGGCCUGUCGGGGCCCCACGGGGCCGGCCUCCAGGUUCACGCCACGCUGGACCGCAGACACCAGGUCUGGGUCAACGGAACACUGGGGGGCCGCUGCCUCCGGACCGCUGCAGGCUACAUGAACAGUCCAGGCCUCUGUGAGGACGUCAGUGCAGCAGUGUGUGCAGGAAUGAACCACAGCUUUAAGGCCGAGGUGCAGAGAAGAGAACGCUGCAGAGAGACUGAGACUCUGGGAAGCUGGUCAUUGAAAACGGCCAAUCAGAGGCUGAUGAUGUCAGCCAGCGGCUGCUUGGAGAGAUUAACUGCAGCAGAGGAGCGAUUUCACUUCCUAACCUCUGAGAUCCAGAAGGAACUCCUGGAGAGGAGGAAGGCAUUACAGCAUCUUCUAACAGAAACCACUGAACAGCCUGCAGACAUGCGGCUGCUGCAGGACUGGAGCUCCGUCCCUCUCCUCGUCUCCCAGCAUGCCGAGGGCCUGCUGGGCCGGGGCUCCACAGGGCUGCUGUCCCUGUGGCUCAGCAGCUCCCUGCGCCGCGCGCUGACCAGCAGCCUGCCUGACCUGCUGGGUCGGCUCCAGCAGGCCUCACUGCAGGGCCAGCAGGAGCUGCGGCGGCCUCUGGCGACCCUGGCUGGAGUGUACCAGGACGUGAAGGGCCAGAGGCUGGAGGCAGCAUGGAGGGAGGCUGUUGGGAUGUGGACCGGCAGGCUGCUGGACGUCCUGCCUGCUGAGCUGGAGAACCCUCACCUCAGAGCCCUGGCAGCAGCAGGAGCCUCCGCCCUCACAGCCGCUCUGGACGUGGCGGGCCAGCAGAGCUCCCACUGGGCCGAGGCCAGGCUGGCCACGGCUCUGUCUGGACUCAGGAAACGGCUGGCUUCUCUCUACACAUUCAGCCGCAGAGACUGUGCAGUCGCUUUGUCGGUGCCGCUGCUGAAUCUCAACCUGUCGAGGGCCGCCGAGGGCGGGCUGUUGGAAACCGUGCUGGAGGAGUGGCUCCUGGGGCCCCUGAGGGCCCUCGCCUCCGUCAGACCUGCAGCUGAGCUUUAUCGCUUCAAGAGGAGGAUCAUGGACAGCCCGUUCAGACACCAAGCGCUGCUGGUGGCUGAUCAGUUUGUGGUGACGUUUGACGGGCGUCUGUAUGAACUUCCUGUUUCCUGUCCGCUGCUCCUCGCCCAGGACGUCCGCACCGAGCCGUCCUUCACGCUGCUGCUGGGCGCCGACGCUCAGAGCUCCCUGCUGAUACGCAUGGACAACAGCAGAGUCCACAUUCAGCGCACUGGCCAGGUGAAAGCUGACUGUAAGAACGCCGUCCCACCUGGACCCCUCAGCAGCCGUGGACUGAGUGUGAAAAAAGGCUCAAACAAAGUACAGGUGUCCAGUCAGGAGGGACAGUCGGUGUCAUGUGACCUGCAGCUGGAGUUGUGCAGCUUCACCCUGGAUGGAUGGUUACAUGCGCGAGUCCAACUGAGUCCAGCAGCAGCACAGAGGAAACGUGUUUCCUGAUGGAGAAGACGGACGAUGCAUCUGUCAUUUCAUGGCUCCCCUGCUGACACAUUUAAGUCGACCUUUCUUCUCAUGCUCUGCCCUGAAACAUGAACGCGUCUUGUGUACGGAGCUGGACUGCUUCUCUGUGACCUUCAAAUCUUUUCAUGUUUGUGAGUGAGAAAGGAACUUGGGAAACACACUAAACUGUGUUCCAUUAAAUGAUCUCACUGGUGUAGUCAGCCAUCCUUCCUUCAUUUUGCCUUCAGUCAGUCAGACUCAGUAUUUGCCUUCUUUAAAACAUCCUGUAUUCGUUUUAGAUCAUCAAACAAAUGAUCAGACAAAGAUAACCUGACUAAAUGCAACAUGCUGUUUUCUCAGCAGUCUUUUAAAUUCACGUAGAGAAAUUUAUAAACCACUCUUCCUUGAAGAAUACAUUUGAUUGAGCCACAAUGGAGGGUUUUUGAGACAUGCUUUAGCUAGCACUGCACCAUUUCAAUUGGAGUAAUUAGUACUUUGACCAGCUCUCUCCAAACCUUUCAGUCUUUUCUUAAUAAGGAUAAACCUGCUGAUGUGCUUCCUGUGGUCUUGUUGCGUAAUCCAAUUGUGCCUCAUCUUAAGGUCACAAACAGAUCGUUGAAUGUUCUCCUUCAGGAUUUUCUGCUAAAGAGCAGCAGGUUGUGAAGCAGCAAAGCAAUAAAAACCACAAAGUUAACAUGGUUUUUUAACAUGAUACCUUUUACAUACAAAGCUGGUUUUAUGGGAUACACACAUUUUGAAAGGUUUAAGUCUUGGAGAUCGUCGUGAUGCUAUUUGUCAAAUGUAAGGCAGGCGUGUCUGUUGGUCUGUUGGUUUUUGUUGAGGCCUCCAGAGCUUUACAUGUUCUGGAGUUGUUGUUUUUUUUUUUUUUUUUUUACUCUUUCAACAAUUAAUUGACCUAUGAUUAAUUGUUGAUCAAUGGUUUAUUAGAUUCAAAUUAGAUCCUAUCUAUAAAGAAAUAACGCCCGCUUAGUCCUUCUUUCAGUGUUGUAGUGUGGCCGCCAUCCAGCAGAGGUCGCCGCUGAUCAUCCUAAAGUGGAGCCAGUUGAUAAAGAAACAAAGAUGGCAGGACCAUACCAGAACGGGGAAGAGAAACGGUCCAAACAGAGUCUGCAUUUUAUGCGUUUCUGUUUUGAAAUAUAGAAACUCAACAAUCUCCUGUCUAGCCCUGUCACAAUAAACAAUAAACCAAUUAAUCGCAUCAUAUAUUAAAAUGGCCUCUAUAAUUUCCAUUUGCAUGAUUUAUUGUUUUUUUCGUCAGACUGACGUUUUGAUCUUUUUUGAAGAACAGUUGUUCUGUUUGUAAAGAUUACAUAAUUUAUUUUUUGUUGUUUU